AUGUCAUCUCGAGACAAUGGUGUCUAUCCAAAACGGAGUUCCACAAUGGCAUUGGCUGUACUUUUUGAAUACUACGAGAAUUGUCUACGAGAGGACGCCACGCGGUGCUCUAGGUCCCGCCGACCAUCUCUACCGGUUCUACAACCACCGCCCAUAUUGCAGAAGACGAUGAGCAGUGUUGGACAUGCAAAAGCUCGGCGACCUUCGUUAGUCGAAUUUCAUGAUGCUAUGCGCUACCAUGCUGUGGAUAUCGAUGGACCGCCCUACUUGGUGGCACAUUUUCCGGACUGUGGUGACACUACGGAAAAGAUCCCGCUCGAACCCGGACUGAAACUCUAUCAAGUUUUUGAAGGUAAGUGGUUUUUCCUGGUUUGUGCCUUCGGAAAUACGUGUUUGAUCGAAUGUCAGGGAAUUUCCUGGAAUGGAGGUGAUGCAUUGUGUGCAUGA